UGCUGCCAUGAGAGGGGAAUUAUGGACUGGUAGCUCCAUCUGUGUGCUGAACUAGAAAACUAACGAACGACUGCGUCCAAAGAUGCUCUGCCCCAGUUAUCUCUGCUAAGGUUACCGACUACGCGCGCUACCUCGACUCACUCGACUCCAGUCACUCAGCCGCGACAUUUACCGUGCGCCUCUGCCAUAGGCGUUAAUCAACAGACAUUCUGUGAAUAUAUGCAUUUUCUUCGUAGUUUUUUUCUUUUUCUUGUACUGGGUCUGUUUUUAAAGGACUAUUUGUAAGAUGGAAUAUUAUCAAAUACUUCUCAGUUUCAGAGGAAAACUCAAACAUCAACGCUCUGUUUUAGUUCAUUCCGACUGAGCAGAACUUAGACUGCGGAACAGGUGUGAGGAAGGAACCAAUGUUUAAAAAGAUGCAUUUCUUUAUGAUUCACUAUUUUAGAUUCGAUUUAUCGACAAAUUCAAAUUUAAGCUGAUUUUACAUCAAUUUGCAGGCGGGAAGUGAUAUUGACUGACGUUCCUGAUCAGAGAAGGCAGAUUGAGAGAGAGAGAGAGAGAGACGGAGGGAGGGGGAGAAAGAGAAAGUGAGACAGAGGAAGAAAAAUUCCGUCAACAUGGACUCCUGGGUCUUCCCCUCCUCGCCCCCCAACCUGUCAGAGCCGCUGAUGUACGAUGGCUUCAACGACUCGGACCCUCCGGGAAACUACACGGACCACACCUUCAACCACACCAGCACGGUGGUCAUCACCUUCUUGUACUUCGCGGUGUGCGCCGUGGGGCUCGGCGGCAACGCCCUGGUCAUCUACGUGAUCCUCCGCUACGCCAAGAUGAAGACCGUCACCAACAUCUACAUCCUGAACCUGGCAGUGGCCGAUGUGCUCUUCAUGAUGGGCCUCCCCUUCAUCGCCAUCCAGCUGGCCUUGGUCCACUGGCCCUUCGGCCCGGUCCUCUGCCGGGUGGUCAUGACCGUGGACUCCCUCAACCAGUUCACCUCCAUCUUCUGCCUCAUGGUCAUGUCCAUCGACCGCUAUCUGGCCGUGGUCCACCCCAUCAAGUCCACCAAGUGGCGCAAGCCGCGCGUGGCCAAGACCAUCAACCUGACGGUGUGGGGAGUGUCCCUGCUGGUCAACCUGCCCAUCGUGAUCUACAGCGGCCUGAUCACCAAGCACGACGGCUGCUUCUGCACCAUCGUGUGGCCCGAGCCGCAGGAGGCCUACUACACGGCCUUCAUGUUCUACACCUUCAUCCUGGGCUUCUUCCUGCCCCUCAUGGUCAUCUGCCUGUGCUACCUGCUCAUCAUCAUCAAGGUCAAGUCCUCCGGCCUCCGAGUGGGCUCCAGCAAGAGGAAGCGCUCGGAGAGGAAGGUGACCCGGAUGGUGUCCAUCGUGGUGGCCGUGUUCGUCUUCUGCUGGCUGCCCUUCUACGUGUUCAACGUGACCUCGGUGACGGGCACCAUCAGCACCACGCCGAUGCUGAGGAGCACCUUCGCCUUCGUGGUGGUGCUGGGCUACGCCAACUCCUGCGCCAACCCCAUCCUCUACGCCUUCCUGUCGGAGAACUUCAAGAAGAGCUUCCAGAACGUCCUCUGCCUGAAACAGGUCGGGGGGCUGGAUGAGAUCGAGCGCAGCGACAGCAGGCACGAUAAGUCGCGGAUGAUGAACGACCCCACGGAGACUCAGAGCACGCUGCUGAACGGAGAUCUGCAGACCAGCAUCUGAGGAGACCAGGGUGCUCCUUUGUUCGCCCUGGCGAGCUCACGGAACGUGCUAGCAAACAGCCGAGGCGACGCCUCGGAUCUUCACACUCCUGCGCGCUUUUUCACACGUACAGUACACAUGCACACUCCCGCACUCGCAAACACACAAAGAUACAUACACACAUACAGUACACAGACAAACUAUACACACACACACACACGUGGGAUAGUUCAACCAUUUAAUUUAGUCUUUCUGUGAACUCACACCAUGGACAGAAUGCUUUGCGCAUGCCGAACCACAGUACUGCCACGCAAGGCCCUGUUUUCAAUUGCGAUU